UGUGAGAUCAGGUUGGAUGAAGAUGCGAGGAGGCUGAUCUCUGACCUGGGCAGCUCCUCUGUGAAGUCUCUGGGGUUCAGAGAUAACUGGGUGUUUGUUGGCGGGAAAGGAGCGUCGGUGCAGAACAACUUUGAGAAGUACCUGAAGAACGACAACACAAAGAAUAAAUACGAAAACUGGCCCGAGCUCAUCGAUCUACAAGGCUGCAUCCCAAAAUACCUGGAGUGACACGCUGCUUCGUCUCCCACGAACGUCUCAACGUUCUCCUUCGUGGAGCCAAAGGAAAGCGGCUUGAUUUCUUAAAAAAAUACAAAUAAAAACACGGGAAGAAGGCAAUUAGCAACAAAAGAAGAAAUGAC